AGGUGAGGCUGUCGCUGUGUGAGAUGUUGCUCCAGCUCUCUCUGGUUGAUUGUCUUCCAGGAACUGGCGGCUGGUCCCCAGCGGACUCCAACGCUCAGCAGUGGCUCCAGAUGGACCUUGGAAGCAGGGUGGAGGUCACGGCCGUGGCCACGCAGGGAAGAUACGGCAGCUCUGACUGGGUGACGAGCUACAGCCUGAUGUUCAGCGACACGGGGCGCAACUGGAAACAGUACAAACAGGAAGACGGCAUCUGGACCUUUGCAGGAAACAUGAAUGCUGACAGUGUGGUACAUCACAAGUUACUCCACUCAGUGAGAGCCCGCUUCGUCCGCUUCGUGCCCCUGGAGUGGAAUCCUACUGGCAAGAUUGGCAUGAGGGUUGAGGUCUACGGAUGCUCCUACAAAUCAGACGUCGCUGACUUCGAUGGCCGGAGCUCCCUCCUGUACAGGUUCAAUCAGAAACUGAUGAGCACGCUCAAGGAUGUGAUCUCUCUGAAGUUCAAGAGCAUGCAAGGAGAUGGGGUCCUGUUCCACGGAGAAGGGCAACGUGGGGACCACAUCACCCUGGAGCUCCAGAAGGGGAGGCUGGCCCUGCACCUCAACUUGGAUGACAGCAAACCCCGGCUGAGCAGCAGCCCACCCGCGGCCACCCUGGGCAGCCUCCUGGACGACCAGCACUGGCACUCCGUCCUCCUCGAGCGGGUGGGCAAGCAGGUGAACUUCACCGUGGACAAGCAUACCCAGCACUUCCGGACCAAGGGCGAGGCGGAUGCCUUAGACAUCGACUAUGAGCUUAGUUUUGGAGGAAUUCCAGUACCAGGCAAACCUGGGACCUUUCUGAAGAAAAACUUCCACGGCUGUAUUGAGAACCUUUACUACAACGGAGUAAACAUAAUUGACCUGGCUAAAAGAAGGAAGCAUCAGAUCUACACUGUGGGCAACGUCACUUUCUCCUGCUCCGAGCCACAAAUUGUUCCUGUCACGUUCCUCAGCUCCACCAGCAGUUAUUUGCUGCUGCCCGGCACCCCCCAGAUCGACGGGCUCUCAGUGAGUUUCCAGUUUCGAACGUGGAACCACGAUGGUCUCCUUCUGUCCACGGAGCUGUCUGAGGGCGCGGGGACCCUGCUCCUGAGCCUGGAGGGUGGGACCCUGAGACUCGUGAUUCAGAAAGUGACAGAGCGCGCGGCCGAGAUCCUCACAGGCAGCAACCUGAAUGAUGGCCUGUGGCACUCAGUUAGCAUCACUGCCAGGAGGAACCGCAUCACUCUCACUCUGGAUAAUGAUGCCACCUCCCCGGCUCAGGACACCACCCGGAUGCAGAUUUAUUCUGGAAACCGCUACUACUUUGGAGGGUGCCCUGACAAUCUCACCGAUUCCCAAUGUUUAAACCCCAUUAAGGCUUUCCAAGGCUGCAUGAGGCUCAUCUUUAUCGAUAACCAACCCAAGGACCUCAUUCCAGUUCAGCAAGGUUCCCUGGGGAAUUUUAGUGAUUUACACAUUGAUCUGUGUAGCAUCAAAGACAGGUGUUUGCCAAACUACUGCGAACACGGAGGGAGCUGCUCCCAGUCCUGGGCCACCUUCUACUGCAACUGCAGCGACACAGGCUACGCUGGCACCACCUGUCACAACUCUGUCUAUGAGCAAUCCUGUGAGGCGUACAGGCACCAAGGCAGCACAGCUGGUUUCUUCUACAUCGACUCAGAUGGCAGUGGUCCCCUGGCACCCUUCCGAGUGUACUGCAAUGUCACAGAGGACAAGAUCUGGACAUCAGUGCAGCACAACAGCACCGAGCUGACCCACGUGCGAGGCGCCGAUGCCCAGGAGCCCUACUCCAUGGCCUUGGACUACGGAGGCAGCCUGGGGCAGCUGGAAGCCGUGAUUGAUGGCUCGGAGCACUGUGAGCAGGAGGUGUCCUACCACUGCAGGAGGUCCCGUCUGCUCAACACUCCCGAUGGAACCCCACUGACCUGGUGGAUCGGGCGAUCCGGUGAGAGGCACCCCUACUGGGGCGGCGUCCCCCCUGGGGUCCAGCAGUGUGCGUGCGGCCUGGACGAGACCUGCCUGGACGUUAGACACUUCUGCAAUUGUGACGCCGACAAGGAUGAAUGGACAAAUGAUACUGGCUUUCUUUCCUUCAAAGACCACUUGCCUGUCACUCAGAUAGUUAUCACGGAUACCAACAGAUCAAACUCAGAAGCUGCCUGGAGAAUUGGUCCCUUGCGUUGCUAUGGUGACCGACACUUCUGGAACGCGGUAUCAUUCUAUACAGAAGCCUCUUACCUCCACUUCCCAACCUUCCACGCAGAAUACAGUGCUGACAUUUCCUUCUUUUUUAAGACCACGGCUUUAUCUGGAGUUUUCCUAGAAAACCUUGGCAUUAAAGACUUCAUCCGACUCGAAAUAAGCUCUCCGUCCGAGAUCACUUUCGCCAUUGAUGUUGGGAAUGGCCCCAUAGAGCUCGUAGUUCAGUCUCCUUCCGUUCUGAACGACAACCAGUGGCAUUACAUCCGAGCCGAGAGGAACCUCAAGGAGACCUCGCUCCAGGUGGACAGCCUCCCGAGGGUGACCAGGGAGACGUCAGAGGAGGGCCACUUCCGACUACAGCUCAACAGCCAGCUGUUUGUAGGGGGGACAUCAUCGAGACAGAAAGGCUUCCUAGGGUGCAUACGCUCUCUCCACUUGAAUGGGCAGAAACUGGACCUGGAGGAGAGGGCGAAGGUCACGUCCGGAGUCCGGCCGGGCUGCCCAGGCCACUGCAGCAGUUACGGCAGCAUCUGCCACAACGGGGGCAAGUGCGUGGAGAAGCACAGUGGCUACUUCUGUGACUGCACCAACUCACCGUACGAAGGGCCCUUUUGCAAAAAAGAGGUUUCUGCUGUUUUUGAGGCUGGCACUUCAGUGACUUACAGGUUUCAAGAACCCUACCCGGUGACCAAGAACGUAAGCCUCUCAUCCUCAGCAAUUUACGCGGACGCAGCUCCAUCCAGAGAAAAUAUCGCAUUUAGCUUUGUGACAGCCCGGGCCCCCAGCCUCUUGCUCUUCAUCAAUUUGUCUUCUCAGGACUUCCUGGCUGUCCUGCUCUGUAAGAAUGGAAGCUUACAAGUUCGUUAUCAGCUAAGCAAGGAAAAAACUCAUGUAUUCACCAUCGAUACGGAGAACUUUGCCGACAGGAGACUGCACCACUUGAAGAUCAGCCGAGAAGGCAGAGGGCUUACCAUUCAGAUGGACCAGCAACUCCGAUUCAGUUACAACUUCUCCCCAGAAGUCGAGUUUGGGGGUAUCAGGUCACUCACCUUGGGCAAAGUCACAGAGAAUCUUGGAUUGGAUUCGGAAGUUGCUAAAGCAAACACUCUGGGUUUUGUUGGAUGUCUGGCUUCCGUCCAGUAUGACCACAUCGCACCACUAAAGGCAGCCCUGCGCCAUGUCACCAUCGCACCUGUAACUGUCCAAGGGACCCUGACAGAAUCCAGUUGUGCCUCCAUGAUGGAUUCAGAUGUGAACGCAGUGACCACGGUGCAUUCUUCAUCAGAUCUUUUUGGGAAGACGGACGAGCGAGAACCACUCACCAACGCAGUUCGAAGCGACUCGGUGGUCAUUGGAGGAGUCAUAGCCGUGGUGAUAUUCAUCAUCUUCUGCGUCAUCGGCAUCAUGACCCGCUUCCUUUACCAGCACAAGCAGUCACAUCGUACCAACCAGAUGAAGGAGAAGGAAUAUCCUGAAAAUUUGGACAGCUCCUUUAGAAAUGACAUUGAUUUGCAAAACACAGUGAGCGAGUGUAAGCGGGAAUAUUUCAUCUGAAAAACUGCAGGGUCAGUGGAUUCUCUUCCUCAGUUGCUCAUUUCGUUUGUUUGUUUCUCCUCCUCCUUCUCCUCUCUUUUGCUUUUGGUCAUUCUCCUCCUCUUAUUUGUUUUCUGUUUAUUUUGGGGGCACACCUGCGUCCACCCCAGCACCUAUCCCCUUGAACCAGCCCAGAACACCAGGCAGCUAUGGCCACUGCCUUCCUCUUUGACACACUUCUUGUGGUGAACGUGAUGGCUCAAGAGACUGACUUUACUCAUCUAGACCAGGAAGAGACACACGUGUGCACACGUGAAUAAUCGGUUCUGUAUUUCCGGUUUCUAAGAGGCACCCUGCAGCUCAGGCUUACAGGCUCCUUUGAACCUCUGUGACUUCGGCAUUUAACUGCCACCCCCCUCAAUUGCGAGUCCACUCCUACCAGGGAGCUCAGGGUGCAGAAAGAUGCCAAGGCCUGGUUUGCGUCGGCGGCACUUUGAAAGGAACAAGAGAGGUUUGCUUUCAUAUUAAUGUUCCUUCCCGUAGGAAGCCCUAACACAUCAUCAUUUUUCACUCUGACUCCUGGCCCCUGAGUAUUUUCAAAUAUAGGACACCUGAUAGUAGUGAGCUAUUUCUUUGUUGCAUUCUUACUGCUCUCUCCUGGGGCUGACACUUAGAGCCGCACACAAUAGCAGAAACCUAGGGGAAGCAUGGAAACCAGUAGCUUGAAAUCAGGAGACAAUAAGAGAUCUGCUAGGAAGUAGAUGUUCCAUAACUUCAAACAUGCCUCUUCCAAUUUUGUAAGAAAUGUUAGCUAGUUAUUCCUGGAAUUAUACUGAUACAUAUAUAUAUAUGUAUGUAUGUUGAUACAUAUACAUAUAUAUAUGCUGAAGCAUAAAGCAAUUCAAAUAAAAGUCUAAAAUAGUGCCUGGUUCCAUGAAAGAGUUUAAACCAUCUUAAUGCAGCUUUAGAAAAGCAAAAACAAAAAGCAAAGUAAAACAAACAAAAAAACUGCAUGAAAGAAAAGAAACACCAAACACAGUUCUUUCCUCCCAUCCACUCACUAAAGAUCUGGUGAGGAACAUAAAUACAGGAGGUUUCACGUUUUAGAAUAGACAUACUACUUCAUGUCUGUCCACCGAGCCAUUUAUCUUAGAGGCUUAGGCUGCACUGACAUAUGCGGUGUCUGGUUAGCUCCAGUGAACCCCCACUGCUUAAUUUCAGAGGAGCCCUUAAGCUCUAUAGCACAUCACAGUUUCAGAUCUGCAGCAUCCUGUGUGUAUAAAGGCCCACCACACUUCUUUUUGUAGGCAUACACUCCCAGACGAGGCAGUGAUCAAUGUCAGGCCAUUUCCCCCUUUUGACAAGGAAACAUACAAGAAACACAGUCAUUCCUUCAAGAAGGUAUCUUGAGCUGCUCCACAAUGUGGCAGUCAGAAUCCUGGUGAUUUUGCUAUAGUGACAUCCCUCAUUCUUUGCCUUUGGGCCAUCUUAAGGGAAAAGAGAACGGGGAAACAAUACAAAUACUCCAUAUGCUGGGAAUGCUGGCAUAACGGUCCACAGAUGUGGAAAGUACUUGCUGAUUCUCUUCACAACACAGGUUCGAUUUGGAAGACAAUGACCACAUCUCCAUUCUCCAGCCUUGACAGUUGGCAGGCAUCCCUUCUUGUUCUCAGUGUGUCCCUCGUCUCAAAUGUUUCACACUUUCCUGCGUGAAGAGGCUCCCAUUGAGGAACUCCACAGUUUCAUCCCAUUUCAGGUCCAUGUCAGACUUUUCUGCCAGUGUCCAAGCACGUGGAGUAAGGAUUUAGCUUCUCACCCCAUUUCUCAACUUUAAGGUGUUGUUCUAAAUACACAUUCUCCUUAAAAAAAUUCUGUGGAUUCUUACUCAUUCCCAUGGUAUCUUUCUGCUAGUAAAUUUCUUUUAAAGUGAUUCUAACAAGGGCACUUUUUUUCCUUCUAGCUUUAAUAAGAUGAAUGAUCCAUUAAUAAGAGGAGAGAGCUUUAAAUACUCUUUCCUCCUGCCCUGUUCUCUGUUUCCAAUUUUCACUUUUGAAUUUUCUAUUUCCAUAAAAAGGCUGUAUAAAUCAGCCUUUUGCUUGGCUACGUAGUCCUUUGUCCCCUGACAUAAAAGUCACCAUGAAGUGGAGUGGGUUUAGCCUGAAGCAUCUCCCAACAAUGAAAUGGAAAGGCAAAGAAAGGUGUGAGUAAUAAAGCUGGAACCGCUCAUUAUUCAGGUCUCUGAGGAGCGAGGACUAUAUUUUGCUGACGUGGUGCUGAGAGAACUGGAGGACUAGCAAAGGCCAACUUAGAGUACUUGCUUUUCUCAUCUACUUAUACCUUCUUGUAGGUAGUUCUGGAGGGUGGAGAAUUUGUCAGGAUCCAUCUUUGUUGCAUCUGCAUUGCAGAAUCCCCCAGCAUACCUCCCUGCAUACGUAGACCACAUAGACACGCCUACUACGUUUCAUAGACUUAAAGAUGAAUACCAAGACAGGGCAAUAUGCAUGCCACUCUUAUAAGCAGAGUCUCAGGGCUAAACCAGAAUUAUUUUCACAGGGUUGGAAUAUUUCAUAACCCCAGAGAUCGCUAGCUUUCACCAGACGUAUUUGAGGAGGAAGCAAGCUGCUCCCUGCAAAAAAAGAGAACACAAUUUUCAAUUACAAAUAAGUGCUAACUCUGCCUGUCUUUUCCUCAAUGGUACCAAAACCCACGUAGUUUUGUGCAAUUGUUUAGUUGUGUGAGUGGUCCGAUUCUUGAACAAUCAUCAUCUGAAACACCCAGUCCUUGAGAGCGUCUUAAUCCCCACGUUAAUCGGCCUUUCCUGCUUCAGUAAUCGGGUUUCCCCGACCCCACGCUCUGGGCAACUGGACCCCAUGAUCUGACACUGUAACUCUCAGUCUUUGGUAAUUGCUGUUUACAACACUAUUUGAUGGAAUGUGGUCACUUUACUAUUAAACCAAAAAUAUCUGUGCAAUUUCACAUUCUAAGGGGGCUACUACAUUGAAGUCAUUCCCAUCAGAGUCUGUGUAUGUAAGCAACAGUACAUUUGCUUCCGCUAAAUAAAUACUUGCCACUGCAUCACUCAUUGUGCAUGUAGGUUAGAUUGCCAUGAUUUCCACCAGAGUUUGUCUGGAGAAUUAAACAUGUGCCACUCCUCUAGAUACAUUUUUUAAGAAAAGCUUAGCCUUUUCUCUACACUCAACCACAAAUGUGAUAUUUCUUUUAAGGAUCCUAGGGCUGAUUUAAAAAAAAAACAGUUUUGAUUCUCUUUAGUAAUAACAGAGAUGGUACUAACCUGACUUCCAUCUUUUGUCCGACCAACCCCCAUCGCAGGGUAAGGGGAGGAGGAUCAGGACAAAAGACACAAUCUGAUCUCUACUUUGUUCUUUCUUUUCUUGACUACCCAGUAUUCCUAGGGUUGCGCUAAGCAUUAGGUGAACAAAUAUAUUCUUGCCCUUGGGAAGCUCAGAGUCUAGUAGGGGAGGUAGGUAUCAUUGCAUUAGGGGUUUGCAUGAGAUGCUAUUAAAAUGGAGAAUAAAGGUUCGACACUGUCGUUCUUGUAAAGCCCUUGCUUGAGACUGAGAGAAAUCGAUACUUUCUGCAAAGUAUGUAUAUUGUUUUUCUUGUUUAUUACUUCCACCCUCAAUGAGCUGCUUCGUUUCUCUUCUUCAAAGCAAAUCUCUAUCUAUACAGGUAUAUUUCUGUGGAGAGAGAUGGAUUGGCUCCUUUGCGACAGCAAGAAUGAACGGUCUCUGUGUCCACAGUCCUUCUGGGGAGGCUGGAUUCUCUCCAUUCUUGUUUUAAUUCCAGUUGGGGAAUUCUGCAAGUCCUUCUUCCAUGGGUCAGACCUAAGGAUGACCUGGGCAUUCUUUUUGAGGCAGGAAACAAAAAUCUCCACUCCUGCACCCCUCUUUCUCUUUUCUCGGUUCUUUUUUGGCAUCUCUUGGUGACCGAUUGCACGCAUUGCUUUUCCAGAUGUUCCUUAAGGCAUCUUUGUUGUCCCCCAGCUCCUCUUAAAACCCACCUUCAUCCUGAUCAACCAUUUUUGACUUAACUUUGGAAGAUCUCUGAGAAUGAAAUGAAAUGUAUCUUUGAGUAAGUAAUCAACUAAAAGGCAUUGUCCCUCUAAGAGUGAUCUCCACUCUGUGCUCUGGGUGAAUUCUUCCAGUCCUGAAAAAUUGCACAUUUCUCUUCCUCCGCAGGAAGCUCAUUCAGUUAGAGAAGCUAUACUGAGAGAGACAGGCAGAGCAUCUUCUCCAAGGUGUUCAGGGAGAUAGGAAUCAGGCUGUGAGUUCUUUCUUACAAAAAGUCUUGACAGCUUGUCCACCACCUCCUGGGUUUCCUUUGAAUUCCCCCAGAGCUACGAUCCAUCAAAACUACAUUGUGAGAUCAGCCCGCCAAAGGGAACUGGAGACACAGCGUAUAAGCCACUACUCAUUUUUCCUUAACCUCAAGGCUUGGGCAGACUUAAUCCUCGGUUGUCCUGCAGGUCACAAGUCGACCAAAUACAUCAAGAGCUUUCUUUGUUCCUGCAGAUGCAAAAGUGGUUAAUGGAACAACAUGUAGGCAACUCCAAACUUUCAGAAUACUUGGAGGCUUCUGAGUGUUAUUUCAUGUCUCUUGUGCAGUUUGAAGAUGUUUUCUUUAAAACACAGACACAAAUACAUAGUGUAAUUGAAUUACUUCCAUACAGCAUUCUUAGGUCUUUCCUACCCUCCUCUCUCAUGUCCUCAGCCACACUCUUAUUUGUCAAGACAUCUAGUUGGCAGAUGUUGCUGGUCCCUAGUUUUCAUCUCUGCUUUCACAAAUUCCAAAUAGUUGAACCUCCUAAUGGGGAAAAAAAAUCACACACACACACACAAACACACAAACACAUUGUAAAAAUAGGGUUGUUACUCAAGCUUCCUUCCCUAUGACAUCCUCCAUACAUGUCUGUUUGAUAGGGAGAGACACAUUUCCACUUGAGUUGACAGUUAUUUGAAGCCUUCAUAUAAGAUUUUCUUAUUUAACUCUUUUUCUGCUUUUGAGUAACGGUGGUCUUAUUUUUGCACUAGGGUACUCUGAGGGGGAACAGAAAAGCACAUUUUUUAGUGAAAUAUCAUACUUUGUAAACUAGUCGUCUGUCUUUUGUAAUGUUUAUAGUCUACAAAGUGGCCGAACAGACGUGAGCAAGGACUGAGGCAAAAGUGGGUGUCAGUGUUUUGAGCGCACCUGCUGGGAGGAGGUUGAGGAGGAAGAGGGACGCUUGGCAACAAGUGAUGGCCUGUCCACAGGAGGAGGGGCUUGGCUUCCGCGUGAAUCAUCCACCUGCAGCUGCCCUUCCCCCUUUCCUGGCUCCUAACUCAGGAGUCUCUUUAGUGCACUUGGGUCAUCAUCUUACACGUUAGGGAAAGAGGCAAUACCAUGGGCUUUGCAUGAAAUAUUCCUUAGUUACCUUUGCAUGAUAUUUUUGACCCUUCCCGGCUCUACUUCAAUGACAUCUUUUUCUCCCCCAAGAUUUUUAUUCCAUCAGGACUGAUUGUCCCAGGAUGCUUUAGAGCUAUCACCACAGUGAGCUAACCUGCCCGGAGUGAGUGAACACCCAGAUACAACUGUAAGGAGAAGGGGCUGUCAGAUAGCUCCCUAGGUCCACUCUCCUGAAUCAGGAUCCCCCUGGGUAGAAGCCCUGAGGUCCUGAAAUCAGUCCAGUGGUCUCUCUCUCCCCUCCAUUGGUCCUACCACGCAUAGAUCUGCCAUGAAGAGGAGGAAGAUGGUACAUCCCAUCCCUGACAGUGAAUGCUGCCAAGGACCCAUCAUCCGACGCUCUCUGGGAACGCUGUUGUCCUCAAUCCUCCCCAGUCAUCCAGGGGAACUUUGGCAAGAUAGCAGGACUAACUUAGGAGAGUAGUCUAAGGCCAUGGCCAAAGGUGAAGCUCAUUGAUUCAGUGAUUAAAUUCCAGUCUUCACUGUCAUUAGCCAUGUAUUCCCCUGCCUCAGAAGCCAGCAGUAGCCUUGAGGACAUGGAAGAUGUGCUGGGUAGGCAACAGGAUCGCUGUAUCACUCUGCAGACUCUUUGGAAGGCCUCCCCAUAAGUAGAACUUUCAGUGAGACCUGAGGGAUAGUAUUAAUGAGCUUCUGCCUAGUCGGACUUUCCCACAUUAGUCAACCCCAUCCUCAAGUCUUCACAUGAAAUAUUAACGUAGUCUCUUCUCUUUAAAUGGCAGUGUCCACCCAUGUAAACUUGCCCGGCCUUAAAGACUCAUGCAAAAAAAAUACCAAAUCUUGCUUACAACAGCAGAGUUCUAUCAUGAGAGGGACUUUGUAUCCAGUGAGGUCCAACACCAAGAAUUUUCUCCUGAAUCUGGUAGUUGACAGACCUCCUGAUAGACUGUGCUGUCUUUGGCUAUCACUUCCCUCAGUCAACCAGAAGAGGCCAAAAAUGUACAGAGACAUCACUGGAAUGAGGGCUGAGGGCAAACCAAGGGUCUGUCCCCAGGGUUUGCUGGAGAAGGAGUCAGCCAACUUCCUGUAAAGGAUCAGAGACUCAACAUUUAAGUCUUUGCAGAACAGUUUCUGUUGCAACUACUCCCCUCAGCUGUUGUCACAGGAAGUGGUCCAGACAUGACUGUGUUCCAAUAAAAUUUUAUUUACAAAAAUAGGCAACAGGUCAGAGAUUCGAACCAUGGACUGUAGUUUGCUGACCCCUAUUAUAGAAUAUUACCCUGUCCAUUUCAGUUGGGCAAUCGGUCCCACUUUGGAAUAUUGAGGUCCUCCUUUUUGAAGAAUGAGAAAGAGUACGGAGAUACUUUUGAACAAGUAAACACUAAAGUACAAAAUAGCUUCCUCCCCCAAAAUCUAUGUCAGACUCUUUAUUAUGGCAAAAGCACAAAACAGGUCACCUCUCUUUGUAGAUCCUCCUGAGUCUAGCCUUUCCUUUGGACCUGCUCAUUUUCGUUCCCAGAACAGAAUCCCAAGUGAUUUUGCCUCGUUUCAAGUCAGUUUUGUAGACCACGUAACAAGUCUUAAUACACUGUAUGGGGAAAAAAAAUAAAUAAACGUUAGCCUUAGAUUUCUUUGUUUUCUAUGGUUCCUGUUGUACAGAAGAAAGACUUAAACUGUAAAUAAUGUAUAUUUAAUAAAGAGAGAAUUUUGUAUG